AUGACCAACCCUCAGGGGUUCUGCAUGGCCUUGUGUGGUCACCGCAGAGGCAAGGUCAUCUUUGGAGCUGUGCUCCUCUCCUUUCUUGCCAUCUUCUUCUUCUCUCAUUCUUCAAGCAGCGUAUAUUUAAAGGACUUGGCACGGCCAUGGCUACACCCAUCCGUCUCCUCCCACGAAUUAACUCUCUUCAACCAAGAAGACUACGACCGUCGGAUCCACCUGCUAAUCCCCGUAACGUCUCCUAAUGCUAAGUUCUGCAAGACAUUUUUCUCCUCGGUCGUCAAUGGAUACCCGCCUCCGUUCCUUAUAAACUACAACCAAACCUACUGGCAGGAAGCCAUCGCUCGUGCUCAAAAGAUCAAGGGGUUCCACGACUACUUAAACACCCGUACUCGCGACGAUGAUAUUAUUAUUAUGAUCGAUGGAUUCGAUGUUUGGUUUCAGCUACCUCUACAAGUUUUGUUAUCAAGGUUUUUGAAAAUGGGUGUUCCUGUGGUAUUUGGAGCGGAUAAGAAGUGCUGGCCGAAUGAUUUUAAAUCUGUCGCGUGUACUGCAAUUCCGCAAUCCCCUCUCCCAGGCGAUGUAUUCGGAGACGAUACAGACCGUCAGACAAUCCUUCGCUCUCGUCGCGAGAAAUACGAUAAUUUUAGACCUCGAUGGGUUAACUCCGGUACUAUCAUCGGAUACGCUUCUCAUGUCAGAUCGAUCUAUGAUGAAGCGUGGAAGAAAGUAGAACAGGCUGGACAGGAAGUAGAUUCUGACCAGAUGAUUUUGGCAGAGGUUUACGGCGAAAGGGUGGUGAAAGGUGAUAACUCGAUGAGUGUGGAUUUUUACUCCACGCUUUUCCAGACGAUGACAUACUCCCAUAACGAUAUCGCCUUCGUUAGAAACCCAUCCGAAGAAUGGACGUCGACUACAUUCUCCAAAACCAUUUCGACCGAAAAACUCCCUCUAGAAGAUUUAGGUCUCUCCAGCAAAUCGCCCAAUCCGAACAGGAGUCCCUGGAAAUGGAGGAAUCUCGCAUGGAAUAAAGUGUCAAACCGAAUCCCGACGUUAUUACAUUUCAAUGGACCCAAGAAUUUCAUCGACCUCUGGUGGCCUAGGAUGUGGUAUUAUGAAGAUGGGGCCAAGUGGACAGAGAAGAUUAAGCAGGAGCCGCAGAGGGCCGGAGCAUGGACUAAUGGCAAGGAAGCCAAUAAACUAGGAUGGUUUACUUAUGAGACUUUAUGCGGAAGGGAAAGGCUGUUUGGCGAACCAGAACCAGCAGCACCAGUUAAUCCUAAUCCUAAUGGCGGGGAGAAGAAGGGUAAUAAACCUGCUGCGUAG